ACUGCAUCCAUCGUCGUUCUCUUCUUUUACAUAGGGACGUGAAAAAAAGUCAUGAGUGUCGCACAUAUGUACAGUAGCAAAGUCUUCCAUUUAUUCUGAAUGAAGCUUCCCGAAGAAUCUUGACAAAGGGAGGUUUAGCUGCAAGUGAAACUAAAUCAUUUUCAGAGAUCCGGCCAGAGUAGCAUAUACAAGACAAUGAAGGAUACUGUCGUUGGGCAGCUUCUCAUGCUGCUCAUAGCUUCCGGUGCUGCACAAGCCAUCGCCAGCUCCACCCUUGGGAAUGAAACAGACCGGAUUUCCCUGCUUGAAUUCAAGAAGGCCAUCCUCCUCGACCCACAGCAAGCCUUGGUGUCCUGGAAUAAGAGCACUCACCUCUGCGACUGGGAAGGCGUCUCCUGCAGGACCAAGGAUCCACGCCGUGUCGUCUCUCUUCGCCUUGCGAACCGAGGACUGGUUGGGCAAAUCUCUCCUUGGCUUGGCAACCUGACGUUCCUGAGAAAUCUAGCCCUGCCGACGAACAUUCUUACUGGGAAAAUCCCUCCGUCCCUUGGCCGCCUUCGUCGCCUUCAAACACUCUACUUGAGCAACAACACUCUCCAGGGGAUCAUUCCCAGCUUUGUCAACUGUUCCGGACUCAAGGUUCUGUGGCUGAACAACAAUGGUCUGACUGGCCAAAUCCCCUCAGAUUUCCCUCCAAACAUUCAACAGCUGCAGUUUUCGUCAAACGAUAUUAGUGGAACUAUCCCCCCUUCUCUCACCAACAUCACAGUGCUCAAGAAGAUUAGCUUUGCGUUUAAUCGUAUCCAUGGCAGCAUCCCUGAUGAGCUCGCAAAGUUGGACGGGCUAGAGAUUCUGUACGUGGGCAGUAAUAAUUUGGUUGGCAGAUUUCCAGCAGCCAUCCUUAAUCUUACCAGUCUCAUUGGCCUGGGACUCAAUACCAAUAUGUUAGGUGGUGAGCUGCCUCCUGAUCUCGGCAACUCUCUACCUAAUCUCCAAAUACUCUCGUUUGCCCAGAACUUCUUUCAUGGCAAAAUCCCACAUUCGUUUGUAAACAUGUCCAAUGUACAAGUAUUCGACAUAUCAACGAAUAAUUUUACCGGGGUUGUGCCAAGCUCCAUCGGCAGACUCUCUAAACUUGUCGAGUUCAGUAUUCAGAUGAAUAAACUCGAAGCAAGCCACAAGCAAGAGUGGGAGUUUAUGAUUAGCUUAUCCAACUGUACUGAGCUACAAGUUCUAUCGUUAGCAAGCAAUCACUUACAAGGUCAUGUGCCAAGUGCGUUGAGCAACCUUUCCAUUCAACUUCAGCAUCUAUAUUUGGGACAAAAUCAAUUGGAGGGAAGUUUUCCUUCCGGCAUAGCCAACCUCCCAAAUCUGAUCAUUAUGGGAUUGGAUUACAAUCGAUUUACAGGCAUGGUGCCACCAUGGCUUGGAUCUUUCAAAAAAUUGCAAAAACUAAGCUUAUCCACUAACAUGUUUACAGGCAACAUUCCUUCUUCCCUUUCCAACUUGUCUCAAUUAACAGAACUCCUUCUAGACACAAACCGAUUCAGUGGGCACAUACCCACAGGCUUGGGAAACUUUCAAUCGCUUGCAACACUAAGCAUUUCCAAUAAUAAUCUUCAUGGUGGGGUACCAGAGGGGAUCUUCAGAAUCCCAACAAUCGCGCAAGUUGGGUUAUCGUCUAACAACCUUCAUGGGCAACUUCCUGCCGAAGUAGGCAAAGCCAAGCAGCUCAUGAUUUUGUUGCUUUCAUCCAACAAGUUAUCUGGAGAUAUUCCUAGCACUUUGGGCGAUUGCAGAAGUUUGGAAGACAUUGAGUUGGACAACAAUAUUUUCAAUGGAAGCAUCCCGACUUCAUUUGGCAACCUAUUUAGCCUAAAAAUUCUCAACUUGUCAUACAAUAACCUAACUGGACCAAUACCAGAUUCUCUUGGCAAACUUGAGCUUCUUGAACAACUAGAUUUUUCAUUCAACCAUCUUGAGGGUAAGGUUCCAAUACAUGGAAUAUUCAUGAACACAACUGCCACGCAUAUUGAUGGAAAUAAGGGCCUUUGUGGUGGUUCAGCAGACUUACACUUGCCUGCAUGUUCUGUACUGUCUUUAAGUUCAUCAAAACACAACCUAUCUUUAGUACUCAAAGUAGCGAUCCCACUCACCUGUAUCCUUUCACUUUCUAUGGUGAUCUUUCUCUUAUUUCAAUGGAGGAAAAACUAUAUGAGAAGAUCUAUGCAUAUGUAUUCGCCCUCAUUCGAUAGCAAAUUCCCAAAAGUUUCUUACAAAGACCUUGCCACAGCAACAGAUGGAUUCUCAGCAUCCAAUUUGAUUGGGAAGGGAAGAUACAGUUCUGUGUAUAGAGGGGAAAUACUUCAAGAUAAAAAUGUGGUUGCCGUAAAAGUAUUUUGCUUAGAAACAAGGGGAGCCCAAAAGAGCUUCAUUGCAGAGUGCAAUGCGUUGAGAAAUGUUCGACACCGUAAUCUAGUCCGUAUCUUAACUGCAUGUUCUAGCAUCGAUUCUAGUGGAAAUGAUUUUAAAGCACUAGUGUAUGAGUUCAUGCCAAAAGGGGAUUUGCAUAACUUUCUAUACUCAAUGGAAGACGAUGGGAACUCUUCAAAAUUACGCUACAUAUCACUAGCUCAAAGGUUAAGCCUUGUGGUAGAUAUAUCAGAUGCAGUUGCGUACCUGCACCAUAACCACCACGGAAGUAUUGUUCAUUGUGAUCUCAAACCUAGCAACAUUCUUCUGGAUAGUGACAUGGUAGCUCAUGUUGGAGAUUUUGGACUUGCAAGGUUGCAAGUCUAUCCCGAACCAUCAUCCUCUGGUAACUCGACAUUGAGUUCUUCGGUUGCGAUAAGGGGAACCAUAGGAUAUGUUGCUCCAGAAUAUGGCGGGGGUGGUCAAGUUUCUACUGCCGCAGAUGUUUACAGCUUUGGGGUCAUUCUACUCGAAAUAUUCAUCCGAAAGAGCCCAACAGAUGACACGUUCAAGGAUGGAUUGAGCAUUGCAAAGUUUGCAGAGAUCAACUUCCCUGACAAGAUGUUGCAGAUUGUCGAUCCACAAUUGGCACAAGAGUUGUACCUACGCCAAGAAGCUCCCGUGGCUGAUGACAGUGCAGUACAUUGUUUACGUUCUGUGCUUGAUGUUGGCCUUUGCUGCACCAAGUCAUCUCCAAGAGAACGCAUCAGCAUGGAGGAGGUGGCUGCCAAGCUGCAUCGGAUCACGGACGCAUCAUGCAUAUAUGGGAACUUGAGAGGAACCUGAAGUAGUUGAACGGUUGCAGAACUGGGCCCCAAAAAUUUGCAAAAGAAUUGUCUUGUGGACCUUUUGUUCUCUUCGAAUGACUAGCCACUCUCUGUUUUUUAAUAUGUAAAUGGUCUAGUUCAAGAAAACAAAGAUAU